CGACGGUCGACACCAGACGCCAGAUGCCCGCUGAGCCUUUGCCCUUUACCCACGUCCGCUGAGCCUUUGCCCUUUACCCGCGCCCGCUGAGCCUUUGCCCUUCACCCACGCCCACUGAGCCUUUGCCCUUCACCCACGCCCACUGAGCCUUUGCCUUUUACCCACGCCCACUGAGCCAAUGCUCCCCGCCCACACCCGCUGAGCCAUUGCUCCCCACCCACGCGCGCCGCCAUGGCCUCCAUCUUUCACGCAUUCCCCCAGCUGCGGACGGCGGCCCCGCGCCUUUCGAAGCGCCUGUUCGUCGCCAAGCCGUGCCUCAACGCGCCCGUCCGUCCCGCCGUCUCCGUCUCGCCAUGCCCUGCGCACCGCCCGUCGGUCCUGCACGCCGUGCGCUGGAAGUCGACCCAGCCACUGCGCAGCAGCGCCACCAUUGAAGCCGCUGGCCGGGCCGCCAUCGUUGAGGCCGCUGCCAAGCCCGCGUCCAGCAGCGGGGCCAGGUCGAGCAGCUUCCCCAAGACGACGUCGAGGAGCGUCGCAUACUGGCUGCUGGGCAGCGCAGCGAGCGUCUUUGGCAUCGUCGUCUUUGGAGGCCUGACUCGGCUCACCGAGUCUGGGCUCAGCAUCACCGAGUGGAAGCCCGUCACCGGCUCGCUGUGGCCUGGAAGCCCGGAGGCUUGGGAGGAGGAAUACACAAAAUACAAGUCGUCGCCCGAGUUCGCCAUGCUCAACUCCGCCAUGACGCUGUCAGAGUUCAAGCAAAUCUACUUCAUGGAAUGGGCCCAUCGUCUGUGGGGCCGCGUUAUCGGUGUCACCUUCCUCCUGCCUACUGUCUACUUCAUCGCCCGCAAGCGAGUGAACCCCUCGACGGCCUUGAAGCUCGUCGGCAUCUGCGGCAUGAUUGGCUUCCAGGGAGUCAUUGGCUGGUGGAUGGUCAAGAGUGGUCUUAAAGACGACUUGUUCGAGCCUGGAAGCCACCCCCGUGUCAGCCAGUACCGCCUGACUGCCCAUCUCGGCACUGCCUUCCUCGUCUACUGCUCCAUGGUCCUCACCGGCCUCAACAUCCUCAAGGAGCACCGCAUGCUUGCCAACCCUGCUGCUGCCGCCGAGUCCAUCCAGGCUCUGCAGUCGCCCAUGCUCAAGGUCUUCCGCCGCUCUGUCGUCGGCCUGACCCUCCUCGUCUUCACUACCGCCAUGUCCGGUGCUCUCGUCGCCGGCCUCGACGCUGGUCUGAUCUACAACGAGUUCCCCUGGAUGGGUCUCGGCCUCACACCACCCAAGCAGGAGCUCUUCGACCCCUGGUACAGCCACGUCCCCGACCAGUCCGAUCUCUACUGGCGCAAUGCGCUCGAGAACCCUUCGCUCGUCCAACUCGACCACCGCAUCCUGGCCACCACCACCUUCACCGCCAUCAUGGCGCUUGUGGCAUACACCCGCUUCUCCAAGGGCGUCCGCAGCACCAUUCCCAAAGACGCCAAGAAGGGCGUCUUCGGCAUGGUGCACCUAGUCACCCUGCAGGUCACCCUCGGUAUCAGCACCCUGAUCUACAUGGUCCCCACAUGGCUUGCAUCUGCCCACCAGGCCGGUGCUUUGGCACUGCUCACCGGUGCCGUUGUGCUCUACAGCAGGACCUCGAUGCCUCGCCGCGUCAUCUUAAAUCAGGUCAUGAAGCAAGGCGUGCCGAGGACAAGUGCCGUCCCGCACAUCAACGCACGUGUCGAGGCUGCAAAGGCGGCAGAGAAGAAGUUGUAGAAAGCUGUAAGAAUAGCCGUGUUAUCAUCUCCCAUCUCCCUGUACUCUUAUGUACCUAGCAUCGCGCGGCGAAUCCAAUGUAUACCAUCUGCAGCUUUUUAGAGCUUGCAAUAGAUAUUCGUAGACCUGGAGUCCAAGAGUCCCUUGUUUUCUGCUGCAACCCUUGCCCUGCUUGCCCUGCUCGCCCCGCUCGCCCCGCUUGCCCUGCUUGACCUCGUUGCCAGUGGCGCCAGUGGCGCCUUCCUAACUGCAAGCCCACCUGCACGGUCCAGCGACAAUCUGCAUCAUCUC